UUAUUAUUCUUAUUAUUAUAAAUUUUUUAGGGAUACACGGCGUUACACAUCGCGAUGCAGUUUGAUCACGAGAACAUCUUCAACCUCCUUGUCCAGGUGUACGGUGCAAAUCAAGAAAUUCGCGACCACAGUGGCAAAAAAGCCAGACAAUAUUUGGCGGCACAAGAAGCCGCAGUCAGUCAAGAUACCUUUCGAAAAAUAAAAGCAAGGAAAAAGCACACAGAGAAAGAUCUUGGUUUCCUGCGAAUUGGCUCCCUGAACGUCCGCGUGAAACGUACGACGGAGGCAUUCAGCCAAUUCUUGGGUGUAGCAACUAGUACCAACAACGAAAAAAUUCACAAAACUUGGGGCUCUGCUGACAACAUCCAGGAGCACAAGAUGAUGCCGCCGCCCAAGUACGCGCCGAUAAAGAAGCGCAAGAGCAGACGCGCCCAAGAUUUCACGUCCCGUCAUCAAGCCAUAAGCCAGCCGAGUACCCCGUUACCACAGAACAAGGGUGUCGUCGCCAACAAAAGCCCUAAACUUAAAAAUAAACGGCCGUCUUCCACAACCGCAGUUACUCAAACAACAGCACCUGCAAUAACGCAAGACUCCGAUUCUGAUGGCGCAUGUGGGUUCGAUUCUGCUUGGCGUGGAUCCGCCCAAUUAUGAAAAUAUUUAUAUCUAUUUUAUUUAUUUAUUAAUAUUGUUGUCAAUUUUUUUAUUUAUGACAACUUGAAUCCUUCCACUCAUAUGAGAUUAUUAAUAAUUACUAUUAACCAAAAUAUGGAGAUAUUGUAGUUUGAAUUCUAGAUUAUCCAAUUUGUAGAUGUAAAAAUUUUUAGGGCAAUUCUGUCUAUUAAUAGAAUCAAGUAAAUAAAAUUUUAUAUGAAGCAAAUAAAUAAAUACAAAAUCAUCAUA